CAGGGUGACGAGGAAGCGGAACCACCGCAGCUAGGACCCCAUUGCGGCCCGCUCUGCGGCCGAGCGCGGUGGUGGGGCGACGGCGAAUCGUGGCCGAGCCCGGGGUGUCAGGGAACCGCGGCUCCGGCCGGGGUCGUUGAGGCCCAACGGGGAGCCGGCGGUGCCAGGGCCGCGGUCGCGAUUUCGGCGGAGUCCAGGAAAGAGAGGUCGCUUCCACGGCCGGGGAGCGGGGCUUUCGCCGCCAGCAAAGCUGGGAGGGCCGCUGAGGUCCGUAGUGGUCGUAGGACGUGUCGGCCUCCGCCCGAGCUGGCGGGCGUGGGGCGCAGUCUGGGGACGCCUGGGGCUGCGGGUACCGGAGGACCCGAGGCAGCCGCCGGCGGGAGAGCUGGAGCGCGGAAGCUGCACGGCGGCAUUGAUGCGGCAGGAUGACAGUGAAACUGGGAGAGAGCAGCGGGGAGGAAGGGGUGAAAAAGCUGGGCAAGAGAGCAGGAGGAGAUGAGGAGUCCCUGGAAGAAGAAGGGGCAGGAGGAGGAGGAGAGGCAGCUCCAGGCAGCAGCAACACAAAGAAAGAAGAGAAGAUUAUUAACAACAACACUAACAGCAGCCCCCCACCAAACCCCAGCUUAUCACAGGCCCCGGCCUCCCUUCAGCCCUCCCACAGCCAGGACCAGCAUCAUUUUCUCAGGUCCAGCGUCAGACCUCAGAGCAAGAGGCUGAAGAAGGAUUCCCAGGCAUCCUCUUCAGUUGGCAGCAGCACUGCUGCAAAAGGCAAAGCAGCAGAUAAUGGAGGGACUACAACUGGUGGCACAUCAGGAAUUCCUCCCAGUAAUCCUACAGGGAAUUCCAAGUCAGCAGCAAGGAACCUGGGCUCUGCAGCUGGAGAGAAGGAAGAAGGAAAGAAGGUCAGACGGCAGUGGGAAUCGUGGAGCACGGAGGAUAAAAAUACUUUCUUCGAGGGACUGUAUGAGCAUGGGAAGGACUUUGAAGCUAUCCAGAACAACAUUGCCCUGAAAUACAAGAAGAAAGGCAAACCAGCAAGCAUGGUGAAGAACAAGGAACAGGUUCGCCAUUUCUACUACCGCACCUGGCACAAGAUCUCAAAGUACAUUGACUUUGAUAACGUUUUUUCUCAAGGGCUGAAAAAAUCCUCCCUGGAGCUCUAUGGCUUAAUCUGCUACGGGGAACUAAGGAAAAAGAUUGGGGGAUGUAUGGAUGACAAGAAUGCAGCUAAACUCAACGAGCUCAUUCAAGCUGGGGCUACGACUGUUCGGUACAAAGGCAGAAACCUUCGUAUCAAAGCUCCAAUGUGCAGGGCCUUGAAGAAGCUCUGUGAUCCAGAUGGUGUUAGUGAUGAAGAAGACCAGAAGCCAGUACGUCUUCCUCUCAAGGUCCCUGUGGAGCUGCAGCCACGAAAUAAUCACGCGUGGGCUCGAGUUCAGAGUCUUGCCCAGAAUCCACGGCUCAGGAUGAUUGUGGAGUUACACCGUAAGGUCUCCAGCCUCAUUGAGUUCCUGAAGCAGAAAUGGGCUCUCCAUGAAGUGCGUAUGCGUAAAACACUAGAGGAACGGCAGCUUCAAGACUCCAGAGAUUCAGAAACACGAGGCAGCUUCUCGGAGGAGAAGGCAAUGCUCCAUCUCUUCCCAGGAGAGAAUUGCACUCUCACUCCACUGCCUGGGGUAGCCAGAGUGGUCCACUCCAAGGCUUUCUGUACAGUGCAUUGGCAGGAAACUGGCAAAUGCAAACAAAACACGAAGGACUCUCACUUACUACCCCCUGCACAAAUCCUGGGCAUACAGAGUGGUCAGGGGACAGCGAGGGGACAGCUAAAGUAUGCACGGGGAACAGAAGGUAAGGGUGUUGGAAGGGCAGAGAGUACAAUGGAGUCAAGCAAACCCUCUCAGCCCACAGCUGAAGUUUCUGCAGGCACUGAAGAUGGCACCCCAGAGCCCAGCCUGGUGGAAGGAACAGCUUCACAUCUUGGCAUCACUAAUUCUCUCCAAAAACUGUCUUCUGGACUUCAGGAUCCAGGAGGUAACCAUGAAAAGCUGAGCUCAGUGGCCUUCUGUGUGGAGGGCAGGGAGGGCCAGGCUAGUGACCAAGCAGCUGUGCUCCCAUCGUGCAGCACAGCUUGCGGUUGCAGUAAGAUCCCUGAUGUGGAGGAGCUCUCUCUGCUCGAUCCCUUCCCGCGGUACAUGAAGUCCUGUCAGGACCUGAUUGUCCCAGAGAAAUGUUCUUGCACGGACAAACUGCACGGGAAGGACUCUGCUUCAGCAGCUGGUGAUACUUCUCCUGUGGCUUUUCCAAGUGGGAGAAGCGCAGAGACAUCUGACUCCUCUUCACAGCUACUGAGAAGUGGCAUGGCUUCACCUGUCAGUGGCCCAUCCAGAUGUGAAACUCAGGGUAGCCACGGCCAGAACCAGCAGCUUGAUGCUUGUACCAAGGAUAUAACAGAUGCAGUAAUGGAGGAUUCUCAAGAGAAGCUGGGCUCCUCGUUUCCACCUCCACCUCAGGGACAAUCUAGUACAAAGUCUCUCAAGGAUGACCCAAACCGGCUCUCUCAGCAGGUUAGAGAAGAAGGAUGGAGUCUACGAACUUCUGAGAGCCUUACCCUGGCUGAAGUCUACCUCAUGAUGGGCAAACCGAACAAGUUGCAGCUGGAAUAUGACUGGUUGGCUGUCUUGGAGCCAGAAACCCAGGAUGCUAGGGAGCAGACACCUGAGUCAAGUGCUGUUCCUGCAUGUACCACCUUUCACAAGCAGAAACUCUUAAACUGCCUUUUAAAACUCAUCUCUACUGAAGUCAAUCCCAAACCAACACCAGAGAUGAGCUCUGUUGCCACGUCGCCUAUAAAGCCUGCUCAAGAGGAGCAGUCCCUGACUCCUCCAGGAAAGGUGAUUGCCAUCAGCACCAGGAGUCCAGGCUGUGCAAGAAAUCAGGCUGCCCUUCGCAACAAGGCUUUUUCUCCUGGUGCUGCCUCCAGCUCCUCAGGUUUGAGAAACCUCCCUAGACCUCUCUUGGUGGCUGGUCCUUCAAAUUCUGGAAGCACUGAUGCUGAUGGUGGACUCUUUGCAGUUCCUACAACUCUGCCACCCAACAGCCGCCAUGGGAAACUGUUCCUGCCUAGCAAAGAAGCAGAGCUGACCUUCCGGCAGCACCUGGACACAAUCAGUAUGCAGUCGGACUUCUUCUUGCCAAAGCCAAGGAAGCUACGGAACAGGCACUUGAGGAAGCCCUUAGUAGUACAGAGAACACUGCUCCCCAGGCCUUCUGGAAAUCCGUCCCAGCACGUCUGUUCCUUUUCUAUCUUAUCCAACUCAUCCAUUACAGGGAGAGGCUCCUUUCGGCCAAUCCAGUCCUCACUGACUAAAGCUGCUGUUUCUCGUCCAAUUGUGCCCAAAGUUCUUCCAACACAGGCUACCAACCAUCUGUCUAGUGCUAUUGACUUGGCAGCUAAAAGUGCUGGUAUUAUCCCUGGUAGCCCUGUGCCAGUCCUGGAUGCAGAUGGUUUGUCAGGUGUGUCUCCAUUGUCACCAGACAGAGUGACCACGGUGGUGACAGGGCAGGAGGCAACGGCAGCGCAUCAGAAUGGAGGCUCCAUCAGCACUGUAGAGGGCUCGAGCCAGGGGUGUCGGGUGCCAUUCAUCAGCCUACCAACACGACCUGAGCAGGAGCCAGUUCCUGAUGGCUUCCAGGGCACAUCAGUCCUUUCUCUCUCAGAGCUGUCCAAGACUCCCCUCCAGAAUGGUCUUUCCACUCCUCCGCUUCCCUCAUCGGAGGCUUCCAGCACCCGGCUCUCUCCUCCCAACGUUUCUGCUCUCUUGGAUAUUUCUCUGCCUGGCCCACCUGAAGAUGUGCUUUCUCAAGGAGAGCCUGCCACUCAAAUCAGUGAUUCCAUCAUUGAAAUAGCCAUCAGCUCUGGUCAAUACAGUGAAGGUGUUUCUCUCUCUCCUGCAAAGCUGAAUGGCAGUGACAGCUCCAAAAGUCUUCCGUCCCCAUCCAGUAGUCCUCAACAGAACUGGAUUGCCUCUCCCAGCCACGAUCCCCAGUGGUACCCCAAUGACUCCACAGACUCGUCUCUCAGCAGCUUGUUUUCAAGUUUCAUCUCCCCCGAGAAGGGACGAAAAAUGUUGCCAACUCCUGUUGGGACUGCCAGCGGCACCUCCUUGCUGGGACCCAGCCUGCUGGACGGGAACUCGCGGGACUCUUUCGUGUCACGCUCUCUGGCAGACGUAGCAGAGGUGGUGGAUUCCCAGCUGGCAUGCAUGAUGAACGAGAACAGCAUCGAUUACAUAGCACGUUUCAAUGACCUUGCCCAGGAACUGUCAAUACCUGAGCCAACCCGCAGGGAAAUUCUCUUUGAUGGAGGAGCUGGUGGUCCCCCAGUUGGGGAUCUCUCACAGUGAGUGUAUGAGACCAGCAGGCUGGAGUAGACCGUUCAGCUGAAGUUGGAGCUUGCAGUGCUGGCUCGUGGCAAGGGCAAGUAGUAGAGAAGCAGCUGAGGCUCAGUUGUCUCUGUCUUCUGUGCUUCUUUCUAAAGGUGAAGCAUUGUCUUCAAAGGUCUGAAGAAGUACUUGCCAGUCCUGGAAUGUGCAAUAUACUGGGAACAAGAAAACAGGGAAUGGUGUUAGAGGAAAUGGUGUGUUCCCUGCAUCAGUGAUGUCAGAUGGCAAGUUUAUGGGAUGGUCCUGGACUUGUUCUUGGGAGUGGCCUAAGCAAAAAGCUCAAGCAGGAAAGGUUAUUGCCAGAAGCUCCCUUACAUGAAUUACUUUUUUGUGUAGUAAUCAAAAUGCCACGAGUUGGGAUCCACAUUGGAGUUGUGAAGGGUGGGGGUGGGUAUGGGAACUGUUUUGCAUCUUGAUUUGUCCUAGUUGGCACUCUCUUAGU